AUGUUUCAUAAAUACUUUUUAAAGUUUAAUUGUGUUGUCUAUGUCUCCUUUGGUACAAUAAACAUUGAAGGGAUGAAUCAGGAUAAUCUUAAAAUAAUGCUUAAAAAUUUUACAAAUUACGAGCAUUGCUUUUUCAAAGUCAGAUUGGGUGCAGAUCAUUAUUUAAAAAAACAUUAUCGCAAGACAAAUAUUUCUUUUGAAGGAUUUGUUGAUGAUCAACAAGAAAUAUUGGCUAAAGUAAAUACAAAAUUAUUCAUUUCCCAUUGUGGAAUAAACAGCUUGACUGAGGUAACUUAA